GCAUUUGAGUCCUCCGGUAUCCCAGCAGGCAGUGCAGCCUAGAGAUGCUGACAAAGGACUGGAGGGAGCAGUCGCAGCUGCUUUCCGAGGAACCGGUGUUGCCGAGAUUGCCAAAAUGCUUUGGAGUUUUUAACUGAUUUUAAGAAAAGCCCCAAAUAGAUUUGAGACUGUAAAAACUGAAGCCGCAGCAAGGGGGAUUCAGUGCCAAUGCAUCAACAAAAAAGACAGCCAGAGUUAGUGGAAGGAAAUCUUCCUGUCUUUGUGUUUCCCACAGAGCUGAUAUUUUACGCAGAUGACCAGUCAACGCAUAAGCAAGUCUUGACGCUGUAUAAUCCCUAUGAGUUUGCCUUAAAGUUCAAAGUUUUGUGUACGACUCCAAAUAAGUAUGUUGUCGCCGACGCUGCAGGUGCAGUAAAGCCUCAGUGUUGUGUGGAUAUUGUGAUUCGUCAUAGAGACGUUCGAUCCUGUCACUAUGGUGUAAUAGACAAAUUCCGUCUCCAAGUUUCCGAGCAAAGCCAGAGGAAGGCUUUAGGAAGGAAAGAGGUCGUGGCUACUCUUCUCCCGUCGGCAAAAGAACAGCAAAAGGAAGAAGAGGAAAAAAGAAUAAAGGAACAUUUAACUGAAAGUUUAUUUUUUGAGCAGUCAUUUCAACCAGAAAACAGAACUGUCUCCUCAGGACCUAGUUUACUAACUGUCUUCCUGGGAGUGGUGUGUAUUGCAGCUCUGAUGCUUCCCACGCUGGGGGAUGUGGAAUCGCUGGUGCCUCUCUACCUCCACUUAAGUGUCAAUCAAAAAUUAGUGGCUGCUUAUAUCUUAGGUCUUAUCACAAUGGCUAUACUUAGAACAUGAGCAAGGAAUUCACUUGACUUCUGAAGUAAAUUUAUCUUGAAAAUAUGAAUGUGGACUGCCUUUUAUCUCUAUUUCACCCCAUUAACAUGCUACAAACUAUUGAUUGAUUUACAAUCACUGCAAAUGUAUAAUAUAUAUUUUAAAUUGCUCUAUAAUUUUAUUCCAAGGACUCCAGCACAUUAUGUUACAGACAGCAAGGAAGCUUCUGAGUGACACUUAGGAAAUUUUUUGAAGAAAUUCUUUUUAUAUCUAAGCCGACCGUGCAAAAGACUUUAAUUAAGACAUUUGUUAUUUUCUCAUCUUUUUUCUAAUUCACUUUGAUUGUUGAGAUCAUGUAUCCUUCAAAGUUAAAGGCCUAAAAGAGCAAACUGACCAGCCUGAAAAUGAAAUUACAUUUAUUUCCUAGCUACGAACAUCAAUGUUACUAUAUAAAUUAUGCCUUGUCCUCUAUCAUCAUAUACAGUCGCCAUGGUGUUUCUAAAAUAAGGGUUUACAGUUAAUGUGUAGAAGGUAAAACAAUGAAAAAGCAUAAAG